AUGACGGAACAGUUCGUCCACGACGUGAUCAUCAUCGGCGCCGGCCCCUGCGGCCUCGCCGUGGCUUCCCGUCUUUGCGAACACUCCCCAUCCGCUCUCUUUACGGACGAGGAACACCAGCGUUACCACUGGAUCCGCAAAUACGGCCGCCGCAUGCCUCUCAAGAACAGACGCAACGGCAGCAUCAUUGAGAAAAGAACACAAAACCACGGCCAGAGAUACUCAACUCUUGUCUUGGACGCAACAGGGGACGAGUGGUUGAACAAAUGGAACCGUCUCUUCAAGACUUUCGACAUCACCCACCUCCGCAGCCCCAUGUUCUUCCACGUCGAUCCGAUGGAUCGAGACUCCUUACUCGCCAGAGCUCAUGAGAGAAACCAAGAGAACGAGCUCCUUGAACUUCGGGCCUGUGUCGGGAAGGAGAUUAGCAAGCAUCUUCGUAAAGCAAGAGUCAAGUCGCGGAAUCCGAAACAACAUGCCGUCGUGGAAGUUGAUGAGCGUGAUAGGAAAGACUACUUCACCCCGCCCGCCAACCUCUUCGCAAACCACUGCGAUUGCAUCGUCGACCGCUACGGGCUCCGCGAGGGACUUAUCCAGAACGAGAAAGUCCAAGACAUAGAAUACCGAGUCAUCAAGCACGUCUCACCAGAUACGAACCUCUUCGCCGUACACACAGACAAAACCAUCCACUACGCCAAAGCCGUCGUCCUCGCCGUCGGACCCGGCAACGCCCCCACGAUCCCCCCAGUCCUCGGUCUCAGCAGCGCGCCGGGCUCCACGCCGCCCCCGCAGGUCUGCCACAGCAUGCAGAUCCAAAAGUUCCCGGACCCCGUCGUCCAGGCCAAGAUCUCGGCGCGCAAGACCACCAACGUGCUCGUCGUCGGCGGCGGGCUGACAUCCGCGCAGCUGUCCGACCUCGCGAUCCGGCGGGGCGUGACCAAGGUGUGGCAUCUGAUGAGGGGCCCGAUGAGGGUGAAGCCCUUCGACGUAGACCUCGCGUGGAUGGGCAAGUUCAGGAACGUCGAGCAGGCGUACUUCUGGUCCGCGGACUCGGACGAGGAGAGGCUGGCGCAGAUCCAGAGCGCGAGGGGCGGCGGGAGUAUCACGCCGCCGUAUCAGAAGCGGCUGAAGCAGCACAUCGCCAAGGGGACGCUGGAGCUGCACGCCAACACGAAGCUCGUGGAGGCGAGGUUCGACGAGGAGAAGAAGGUCUGGAAUGUGUGCACCGAGCCGGCAGUCGAGAUGCCCGGGAUGGACUACAUCUACUUCGCGACUGGCGUGCAGACUGACUAUUCCAGCCUGCCGUACUUGCAGACCAUGCUACAAGAUUACCCGAUCCAUGGUCACGGGGGUAUGCCAUGUAUCAACGAUGAUUUGAUGUGGAAGGAGGGAGUGCCGUUGUUUGUGACCGGCCGGCUUGCGGCGCUCAGGCUGGGACCUGGAGCCGGUAAUCUCGGGGGCGCGAGGGCUGGCGCGGAGAGGGUUGCGUGGGCCAUUGAGGACCUGCUUCCGAAUAGGACAGGUGAUGAGUUUGACGAAGCUGAUGUCAUGGAUGAGGAGAUGAAGUUUGUCACGGGAAGGGGGAAUAGAUUUGACAGUUUGGUGUCGGCUGGAGAGGAUUGGUGA